GUAGAUUCCAAUAAAACAAAUGUUUUGCCAUAUUGUUAUUUUAAUUUGAUUAAUUUGCGUCAUUGUUGUUGUUUUUAUAACUUGAUUUGAAUAUAAUUUUUUUAUACUUUAAGGUAUCUGGAGUUUGGACUUACCUCGUAUUUUGAGCCUUUUGUGGUUUUUAAUUUACAAGAACUUUUACAUUUCUAGAAAAGACUUGGAUCAUACACAUGACUACUGCAAAUACUUCGAUUUCUGACAAAGAAAUAAAGAUAGAAGGAGAAAAUGUCUCUCGGAAGGAUGAAGUGAAGGUGACGAACUUGCUCUCUGAAAUCAGAACAACAGACCUUCCCAAAGAAUCUGCAAUGCAGGUUGAUCAAACUGAGAAAUGUGAAGAGAAGGAUUCUACGUCAAAGAGUAAGGAAGGAGAAUUAAAAGACAUCGAUAAUAGAAUAGAUUCGGAGAAAGGUAAGGAAAAACAAGGAGAUAAAAAGGAAGAGGAGGCCAAGAAAGUGAAUAAUGGAGCAAAAACGGCAAAAGAAGUCGAGAAAUUGGAGAAUGGGAACAAAAAAGUAGAAGAAGGAAAAAAAGCAGCAAGUGGAGAAAAAAUAGAAGAAGGUGUAAAGAAAGUAGAAAAAAGUGACAAAAAGACGGACGACAAGAAGAAUGAAAAUUCUCAAAAAUCUUCAAAAACAGGAAAGUUAUCUCCUUUAGCCGCUUAUUUCCUAGAUUGGGACAAGUUCACGACGAAACAGAAAGUAGAUAUUGAACGGUUUAUAAGAGAAAAAGCCGAAAGGAUGGGAGCUUCUUCGAAGUUAAAGCCUGGGGUGAGAACGUUCUCUGAGAGGGAGAGGAAUUGGUUCAGGUGGAAUGCGAUUAGAAAUCGUCGUAGGAGAGAAGCCAUAAGAAGGAUGGAGUCAUCGAGAUCUGAAAGACCACGACCUGGACCGCCACGAGACAGGUACCCUCCGACCAGGUCGAGGGGAGCGGGAGACGCAAGAUACCGCAAUCCUCGAGACGACAGAAGGCUGAGGAGGUACUCCCCACGCCGCGAAUCUGUACCUUGGCGGAGUCCUUGGGCAUCGGCCUCCAUGCCUGUCGAGAACCUGCUGAAGCAAAUGGAGAGGUUCGUGCAGAUGGUGGACAAAUUUCCUCAUGCGAAUAACAUUGUUCCUAUGGAACCGAAAAGGCUGGCUCUGCUGCCCACUCCGAACGGCUACAUUUCUUCAAGGGCGAAUGGACUCGAUGAUGCUAUUAAAGAUAAGCCCCUAUUGAACACAGAGAAGACCUUUGCGCCAUCACCGAGGUGGCCAGUUCAACAAUUCAAAAGCGAAGAAUCUUCCCGAAGGUUCUACGGCAAAGAGCCUACAUCCAGAGACGCGUGGAAGCAAAGGCCUUCGCCGUACAACAGUCGUAGUGGUACUCCUUAUUCAUCUACUGUCCUCAGGAACGGUAAUUGGUCAAAUCGGGAAAGAACCCUUUCCCACACCACAGGGGCGACGCCUUUUCAAGAGAGCAGGUAUAACUGGACAAGAAAGUAACUGUUUACCUACGCUACCACAUAUCGACGCUGAUCCCGCUUGUGCUAAUACAAUUAAAAUUUAGUUCUUCCGUGGCAUACUUGAGUUCUGUUUAGAUUUUAUUGCCACUAAUGGAAAGAUAGAGAAUGUCAUCCUCAGUAAUUAGAAAUAUGAUAAUUAAAUAUUUCGAAGUCAAAUAUCGAAAAAUCACAGAUACUAGCGAGUGGCUCAGAAAUAAAGUGCUACACCUUACAUUAA